AUGGCUAACAGACAAGAAAAAGAAUGUCUUUCAAAAGCGUAUAAUAUAAUUAAAAGUGUAAAUCCACAUCCAAAAAUUAUUAGCGUUUAUGAAAAAGAUGAUAGCAAAGUUUAUGGUUUAGUUGGUGAUCAAUUAUACACAUAUGCUAGUAAUUGGGUUCCCUAUAACGAAGAAGUAAAUCUUUCAAAUUCAAUUAUUGAUCUUUCAAAUUCAAUCAUCGAGCUUAAUUUUGAAGGCAA